GCGGGGGGACUCACCACGCACACCUGCACCUGGUCGCUCCAUUUCCACUCGCUUCUUCUUCUCUUCCAAAAAAAGCGUCAGGCGGAGGGAUCUCGUCCACGCGGAUGCCUUCCUAAAGUUUGCCAAAAGGAUUUUGUUCCCCUCAUGUGAACCAAAAGUCGUCUCAUAGCGAAAGGCGAAGAGAGCACUCUUUUCUUCUCCAGAGGUAUUAUUUUUUUGGGGGGGGAAUAACAAUUCAAACAAAAACGUUUUUUUUUUUUUUUUUUUUUUUUUUCUCUCUUGGAACGACUCGUGAGGGAAUGUGGCAACUUUAUGGAUCGUGGACUUCAAAGAUUUAGAUCUCUGUGGGCUACCUGUAUGACUGUUACCAUGACAACAUCUGGAGCCCAACUCCUCCUGGUGGCCUUGUGUGUUUACAGAGGCCUGGGCCUGCAGCAGUCGGCGCCGCGGGUUCGCCUCUCCUUCAAAGAGCUGAUGGACACUAGGGCAGCACGACCCUUCAGUUUCUCCUUCAACACCAGUGACUACCGAAUCCUCCUGAUGGAUCAGGACCAGGGGCGCCUGUACCUGGGCAGCAGGGAGUACCUGGUGGCUCUGGAUAUGCACAACGUCAACAAGGAGCCACUAAUAAUCCAUUGGCCAGCAUCUCCAAAGAGAAAAGGGGAAUGCCAGAUGACAGGAAAGGGAAGACAGGGCGAAUGCGCCAACUUUGUGCGCUUGAUCGAGCCGUGGAACCGCACCCACCUCUACACUUGUGGAACGGGGGCUUACCAGCCCAUCUGCACGUUCAUCAACAGAGGCUGGAGGGCAGAGGACUACCUGUUUCGGCUGGUUCCCGGGUAUGUGGACUCCGGCAAGGGAAAAUGUUCCUAUGAUCCCAAAGAGGAGAACGUUGCAGUUCUUAUUAAUGGUAACCUGUAUGCAGGGGUCCAUAUCGACUUCAUGAGCACAGAUGCAGCUCUAUUUAGGACCAUGGGCGGGAGAAGCGCCAUCCGGACGGAGCAAUACGAUUCCAGGUGGCUCAACGAGCCGGUGUUUGUUCAGAUCCAGCAGAUCCCCGACAGUGCGGAGAGGAACGACGACAAGCUCUAUUUUUUUUUCCGCGAGAAGAGUUUAGACUCGAGCGGUGGCGCAAGCCCCAAUGUCUUAGCCAGGGUGGGGAGAGUGUGUCUGAAUGACGAAGGGGGUCAGAAAUCUCUGGUGAACCGCUGGACGACGUUCCUUAAAGCUCGUCUUAUCUGCUCGGUGAUCGGCGACGACGGAGUGGAGACGCGAUUUGAUGAACUACGUGAUGUAUUCAUUCAGCCGACGCAGGACGAAAGGAACCCGAUGGUGUUCGCUCUCUUCACUACCGCAGGCUCUGUGUUCAAGGGCUCGGCCGUCUGUGUCUACUCCAUGGCCGACAUCCGCAACGUCUUUAACGGGCCGUUCGCCCACAAGCACGGCCACAAUUACCAAUGGACAGAGUACAACGGCAAGAUUCCGUAUCCAAGACCGGGAACGUGCCCAGGAGGAACCUUCACCCCUGGUAUCCACUCCUCCAAGAGCUUCUCUGACGAGGCUGUCAAUUUCAUCCGGGCCCAUCCCCUCAUGUUCCACCCUGUGUAUCCCAUCCACCGUCGCCCCCUGGUGGUGAGGACUGGCGUGGACUACCGCUUCACAGCCCUGGUGGUGGAUCAGGUGGAUGCGGUGGAUGGACGCUACGAGGUGCUCUUUCUGGGCACAGAUUGCGGCACCAUCCAGAAAGUCAUAGUUUUGCCCAAAGACCCCACCAGCAUGGAGGAGCUAACGCUCGAGGAAGUGGAGGUUUUCCGGAGCAGAGCCCCUGUCAAAACGAUGAAGAUCUCAUCGAAAAGACAACAGCUGUACGUGUCGUCCGACGCGGGCUUGACCCAGGUUUCGCUGCACCGCUGCGGCGUGUACGGCAGGGCCUGCUCCGACUGCUGCCUGGCCCGGGACCCUUACUGCGCCUGGGACGGGGAGAGCUGCUCGGCCUUCACUCCCUCCACCAAGAGGAGGAGCAGAAGACAGGACGUGAAGCAUGGCGAUCCUCUCAGGCAGUGUCGAGGCUUUAACGCCAAAGUGGAGAAACGUCUGCGAGAAACUGUGCAGUUCGGGGUGAAAGGUAGCAGCACCUUUUUGGAGUGUCAGCCUCGCUCUCCUCAGGCAACCAUCAAGUGGCUUUUCCAGAGGGAUGGCAAAAGGAAAGUGCUGAGCCGCGUCGGAGAUGUCCUGAAGACCAACCACGGCAUCCUUCUCAAGUCCCUAAACGGAUCAGACGCGGGGCUGUAUCACUGCCUGGCCACAGAGAACAACUUCAAACACACGGUGGCCCGUGUGGCGCUGCGCAUCCUCGAUCGCGACAUCGUUUUGGCUCUCAGCGCUCGAGAUGACGACGAAGAGGAAGAGCCCAAGACUCAGAACGCGCGAUCGUCCCUUGCUUCCACACCUUUCCCACCUGAGAUCAGACUGAUCAACCAGUACUGCCAGUCCUACUGGGAGCAGUCCAGUCCGAAACAGCAACAACAGCGCAAGCGCAACAGCCGGCGGCACACGGAGGGCCACGAGCAAGGGCUCGGUUAGGGCGCUCGAGCCCUCUGAAUUCUGCCCGCCUGGACUUUCAUUGGUGUUUUUCAUGCAUGUUUGUGCAUCUCCUCCAUUGGUUUGACAGUCAACGCUGUCAUGCCAUUCAAGCACCACACUGGUGGUUUUGUCUUCUACCGAGUGGGUACAUUUUGUGGAUAGCACACCCCACUGAUGAGCGCAUUCCAAUGGUUCCAGUGUAGUUGUUGUUUGUUACGCUUUCAAGUUCAGGUCAUAGUCACAACUGAAGUCGUUUUUUUUUCGAAUUCAUUUGCCUCCCAGACCAACCACAGUAUAUCCCUCACACAACCACAUGACUACUAUGACAUAAAUGACUCACCAAAGGUUAGGGAUAUUGGGCUUUUUGUGAAAAUUCAGAAUGAACCUAAAAUGCACUUUUUUAUUUUAUUAUUAUUACUUCACUAAUCCGGCCCCCACACACACCCUCGAGUCCAACCGAAGUGGCGGCUAUCACUGACGUGCGCGAGCACGAUUCUCAAACAUGGCCACUCAUAAUCGCAUGCGAGUAUAAAAGUGCGUAGUCGUGAUAAAUAAUCACAGAGAACAUAUAUCCAGCUUUGAGAAAAUGGCAGCGUUAGCUAUGCUAACUAAACAAGCCGACGUUAGCCGCGGGUGCCAUUUUGGUAGCAUGACUUAUUCGUAAUAGUAGUGUUACUUAUAACACUAAAUGUUAUCGUUUGAAGUUGUGUUUUUUUUUGGAAUGUAAAACAAUUAAAAUUCAAAUAGAGGUGAUUGACUUAAAUGUCAAGAAGAAAUGUUGCUAAUGGCCCCUUUGCGCUGCUUCUGUUUGCUCAUCUUAUGAGCAGUUGUGAGCAAACCUGGGGGUGGACUUUCCUAAGAGGUCAGCGCCAGGCUGCGGGAAUGUGCCCACUAUGUAUGUGCCCGCAAUUGCAUGGCAAAUGAUUGACAACUCGUCAGUCAUGGCUUGUCUCUCUCUCUCUCUCUCUCUCUCUCUCUCUGCUUGUUUGUUUUUCCUUGGGCACAGUUGUUUCUUAAAAAUCGUAUUAGUAGCAGCGUGGUCGCCAUCUUUGUGGAAUUUUCAAAAACAAAAACAAAAAAAAACAUGGAAUGAGCACUUUGAAUGCCUCGAAAAUAAAUCCAGGAAACAUUUCCAUUUGCGCUAUUUUAGCGGACUUUUUAUGGUGAAAUGUCAAGUUAAUUUUGACACGUCGAAUUGGAGAACCCGUCGGAAUUUCGCCUGUACGAGCUUAUUGGUGGUGCCCUAAUCUGAAGGUUUUUUUCUGACCACAUUUUCUCCAUGCGAUAUCACACAAAAUCCCCCCAAAAGCCAUUUUUGUCUGUCUGAUACAAAAAACCCAGUUUCUCCCCAGAAGCCAUCAUUCGAUUUUCCAAAUUCUUGGUACUCUGGUUCAAGUGGCCAUUCCAUCCAUUUUCCCUACCGCUUAUCCUCGCUAGGGUCGCGGGCGUGCCGGAGCCUAUCCCAGCUCACCCUGGGCGAGAGGCGUGGUACACCCUGAACAACCAUCCGCACUCACAUUCACACCUACGGGAAUUUUAUUCAAUUAACCUACCAUGCAAUGUUUUUGAGGUGGAGUACCCGGAAAAAACCCACGCAGGCCCGGGGGGGGGGAGAGAACGUGCAAACUCCACACAGAUGAGGCCGGAUUUGAACCCGGGUGCCCAGAACUCUGAAGCAGACAUACUGACCAGUCGUCCACCGUGCUGCGUGGCCAUUUCAACCAGACAGAUUUUGACAGAAUAUCACUUUUAGGAAAUCUUGUCACAUUGAUAAUGGCGAAUAAUUGCAGGACAAGAGGGCUGAUGUUUUCCACUGACUCGUGAACUACUGUCACGUUCGUACUGACAGUUUAUGAAAGAAGUGAUUUAAAAAAAUGAAAUAAAAUUUCAACUCGCCCUUUAAUUUGACCUUUACUAAACUUUUAAAUGUACGUUUCCCACUGUUGAGUGUUUCAUUACUUUUUGCUCAAGAAGGACCUGAACGGCAAAAUUCACAACAGAUAUUUAAUCCAUGAAUGGACCAAUACGUUUGCGUUUUAGGUUAAUCCUGUAAUUUUACCAGAAAGCUGAAUGAAUAUCCCUAACGUUUUGUGAAUAGUGUAUAACCAAGUAUGCACCAUAGUUUUAUCUUCAGACGGCUUGACACUGAAACCCAGCGGUGCGAGGAAAAGCAAUGUUUUUCAACAUGGCUGACUGUCAUGUAACCCGGGUGCCACAGGAAGGUGUCAACCGGCAAAACCACGAGUGUGCUAAUUUUGAGUAUGUUGAAAACAAAUGUAAUAUAUUGAUUGUGAAUAUAAUAUAUAUGGCAAGUGGAAUACUGUUGUAUUGUAUGAGGAUACGAUGACAUUUCAUCAAUGUUUGCAUGCUUCUGGAUGUCGUUUGUUGCGCUUCUCCAGCCUUGCUGUGUAAUGAUGUCUGUAAGGUGUAAAAUAUUAAUAUACUGUUAAGAUAAGUCAUCUGGAUGUUGCCCCUCCAGUCCUGUGCUGUCCUGACCCCAAACCCCCCCCCCCCCCCCGAGUAUGUGAGUGGUGAAGACGUGCCGAAUGGUGAUGCACUUUGUCAGUGGUGGCGGUAAAUGUGGGAUGUUUGCACAGAUGUUAUCAAUAAGUUAAACAUUUUUUUAAUGUACAGUGUAUUGUUAUAAAUAAGUGGACUGAU